GGCUGUCGGCGUGUCCCGUCUUCUCGUCUUGUCUCUCCUCUCCUCCCCAACCUCCUCCUCUCCGCCUUUCGUGCACGUAGAUGGCGGUGCAUACCUGACCUUGGUCCUUUCUUUAUUACCACCCCUGCACAACCCAGCUUGUCAUACUCUCGCUUCAUUUUAUCUCCAUAACCACCCUCUCACCUGCCAGCGACAACCAGCUUGGAGUGCAGCAUCAAACGGCGUCGAGCGAAAUUGAAGCGCCCGCCACAGCCGCUGCACCAAUCGAGACCUUCCACCCACUGAGCGUCGCCGGCGAAUCGGUCAUUGACAACGCCAUUGCACGCGCCCUGACUGUCGCGCUCCAUCGUUAUUCAUUCAUUUCGACAGACCGCAUACCCUGCUGUCGACUUUACCCUCCACUCUAGCCAUUCUUUUCCACCACCAAAGAGACUCCGACAUUACUGCCACUCGCUACACCAUCAACUGCCGAGGUCCGGACGAACCAACCCCAUAGUUCAAGCACCUAACGGCGCGCCAGACCCACGAAUUGAGGGCACGACGUAAAGUCACAUCUGAUCGACCGACACGCAGCACUUGAUUGUGUCUGCUCCAGCCACCAACAUCACCACGACACUUUGCAGCGACACUACCGCACACCAUGGCUUCUACUGGGACCAGCACAGCAGGGAACACCAUCGUGACGCAGGACGAUACCUCCAGUCUCAAGUUCGACGGUGGAGGUGGCAUCUCGAUCGCGCCGGGCACUAUCGCCGCCAUUGUCAUCCUGCUCGUCCUUGCCUUGGCAGGCCUGAUCAUCGCAUGUGCAUAUGCAUUUGGAGGCUUCAAGAGAUGCUGCUCCUGCUGCGGCCGGAGUGGUCGCAAGAAGCGACUCUCUCAGCUGCCCGUCUACAGUGAUCGAGGCUAUCUGGACGAGCGGGAUAAGCUGCCGGCUUGGAACCCCAGUGCGUCUACGACAGAGAUUGGGCUCAGCAGAAUGGCGAGCGUGAAGCAGGGCUUGUUCCCCAGUUUCACCCGAAAGGGAACCAUGGAUCGCCCAUUGAUGCAGGAAAGCCCUGUUACCAGUCCGAGAAACUCGCAGUUGACGCGGCACUCGCAAGGCACACUAGGAGCGCCAUUCCGAAGUCCGACGAGCCCUUAUAUGAACGGCAGCAACAGCAGUUCACAAAAGUCGAGAUUUUCCAUGUGGCAGGAUGAGAGACGGUAGAUUUCUGAAAUGUUUGUGAGGGAUUUUAUGGAACUUAUACGCGCAAGGAAAUGCGGGUAGGAGUGCUGGCGCUUCCUUAUAAAGGGCAUGACAGUGUGCGUUGCGAACAUUGCACCUGACGAGCGGGCUUGUACAUACCAUUUGCGCAACACAUAACGACAGCCAAAAUUCACUAGUCCUUGUUCUGA